AAGAGAAAAGAAAGGGAAGGAGGUCCCUUUCUCUACUCUUUUUACCGAAUUCAACUGUUUCGAUUGGUAAUGAUGCGUGCAUGGGGGAAGAACCGAAGGAAUCAGAAGAAAUGGAGAUAAACACUUCUUCUUCCCUUUGCCUUCCCCGUUCUCUUAAUUCAUAAAGAUUGGGAUUAUUUUCAUUUCCAUUCUUUCGCUUUAAACCCUAGAUUUCGAGAUCUCUCUUCAGUUCUCUUCCAUUGAUCGUUUUGCUGGGCAUUGGGCGGACAUCUGAUCUACUGCUGCAAAUUUAUUUAUCGCUCGAUUUAUUCUGGGUUGGGUCUCUUGAGAGAUUGGAGGCAACGUCAGUUUUGUUAGCUUUCGUAUUUGUUUUUUUGCCUCAUUAGGGUUCCGGGGUUUCAUUAAUUUGGUGUCAGAGUCAACUGUUCGUACCAUGGAGACCCGCGUGGGGAACAAGUUCCGGGUUGGCCGGAAAAUUGGGAGCGGAUCGUUUGGGGAGAUCUAUUUAGGUACUAAUGUGCAAACAAAUGAAGAGGUCGCGAUUAAAUUUGAAAAUGUCAAAACAAAACACCCUCAGUUGCUCUAUGAAUCGAAGUUGUACAGGAUCUUGCAAGGAGGAACUGGGAUUCCCAAUGUGAGAUGGUUUGGUGUUGAAGGUGAGUAUAAUGUUCUGGUGAUGGAUUUGUUGGGCAAAAGUUUGGAAGAUCUUUUUAACUUCUGCAGCAGGAAGCUGACUUUGAAAACUGUUCUGAUGCUUGCAGACCAGAUGAUUAAUCGAGUUGAAUUUGUUCAUUCUAAAUCUUUUCUGCAUCGAGAUAUAAAGCCAGAUAAUUUUCUAAUGGGCUUGGGUAGGAGAGAAAAUCAGGUUUAUGUUAUUGAUUUUGGCCUUGCAAAGAAGUACAGGGAUACUUCAACCCACCAACAUAUUCCAUACAGAGAGAAUAAGAACUUGACAGGAACGGCAAGAUAUGCGAGUAUGAACACUCAUCUUGGCAUAGAACAAAGCAGGAGGGAUGAUUUGGAAUCUCUUGGAUAUGUUCUUAUGUACUUUUUGAGGGGAAGUCUUCCAUGGCAAGGUUUAAAAGCAGGAACAAAGAAACAGAAGUAUGACAAAAUAUGUGAAAAAAAAGUUUCAACAUCAAUCGAGGCUUUAUGUCGGGGAUAUCCUUCAGAAUUUGCAUCAUACUUCCACUACUGUCGAUCAUUGCGCUUUGAAGACAAGCCCGAUUAUUCUUAUCUCAAAAGAAUAUUUCGGGACCUCUUCAUCAGUGAAGGUUUUCAGUUUGAUUAUAUAUUUGAUUGGACAAUCUUGAAAUAUAAAGCGUUGGAAACUUCCAGUGCUCCUCCUAGACCUCUAGUACCACCAGGUGCUGAGCUUAUUUCGGGAUUGCCUCCAGCUAUUGGCAAUACUGGUAAGCAGAUAGGCGGUGAAGAAGGCAGGACAAGUGGUUGGUCAGGUGUGGACUCUUCUUGGAGAAGAGCAUCAGGAUCUAAGCAGAAGAGCCCUGUACAAAAUGAAUCCAGUGGAACCAAAGAAGCUAUGAUAUCUAGUUCAACCUUCUGGGGACGAUCAAGUGGAUCCUCAAGGCGCGCUGCCGUCUCUAACAGUCGCACUACUGACGCAAGUCCUUCAGGCAAAUUCUCAAGUACUCAAAAAAGUCCCCCGUUUGGUUCAGCUGAGCAGAAGCAGAAGUCAUCUUCCUCGGCAAGACAUUCAGCAAAUUUGAAGACCUACGAGUCUACCAUCAAAGGCAUGGAAUCUCUCAACUUCAACGGUGACGAUCGAGCUCAGUUCUAGUUCAUGGCGAAAAUAGAGCUGGAAAAAACUAAGACUGCCUUCACAAGGUGACUUUCCAAAAGAGUUGAGGAUGAUUCUUUCAGGGAUAUGGCUAAGCCAAUCUCGCUAUGUGCAAGCUAUGCGUAUGAUCUUACUUCCUGGCAAUGUUAUAAUCUCUUAGAUUGAUUUUAUAGAACAAUUUUUUUUUUUUUUUUCAAUUUACAGAUUCUCUUUUGUUUUCAGCAUUCAACAUGUAAGCUCUUGUGGCUUUGGAAUCACUUCCUGCCCUCUUGAUUGUGAAUUGCUUACUAUUUUAGUUGUAGUGAAUCAUGCUACUUAGAACAGCUGAGGCUUUGUUCUGAUUGAAGUGAUGGAAAUUAAAUGAAAUUCUAAUAAUUUA